ACAAGUGGACAAGUUGAGGUGUCUAAUAGGGAAUUGAAAAGAAAUUUUGGAAAAAACAGUUAACUUGUCUAGGAAAGAUUGGUCACUCAAAUUAGAUGAUGCACUUUGGGCUUAUAGGACAGCUUACAAAACUCCGAUAGGUAUGUCUCUUUAUAGGUUAGUUUUUGGUAAGGCUUGUCACCUUCCUGUGGAACUUGAGCAUAAGGCAUAUUGGGCUAUUAAAUACUUGAAUUUUGAUUUGAAAGAUGCAGGUGAACAUAGAAAAUUGCAGUUGAAUGAAUUGGAAGAACUACGACUUGCUGUCUAUGAAAAUGCCAAGAUCUACAAGGAACGAACCAAGGCAUGGCAUGACCUACAUGUGCAAAAGAAAGAGUUUCAUGUGGUUGACAAGGUUCUUCUUUUCAAUUCUCGAUUGUGACUUUUUCCAGGUGAUAGUCAUCAACUCCCUUGCUUGGUAUUACUGAAAUUUGAACUAAAAAUCGAGUUGAAUGUUGAUGCUCCUUGUGUUAUUUGUGUGGGGAAGAAUGUACAUGAGCUUUAUUUUUUUUUAGCUUUCUUUUGCUUGAGGACAAGCAAGAAUCUAAGUUUGGGGGUAUUUGAUGAGUUUAAUUUUUAUAUGCAUUUAUCUACCCUUUUUGAGCCUAGAAUUAAAUUUUAUGGGUCCUUUGUAACUUAGUUUCACCUUUGUUUAUAUUAAAUUCAUUAUUUGUAG